CACCAUUAUACUACAGCAAGAGGAGGGAGUCCGCCGAGACCCAACCAUGAAAUUCAAGCUUGUUGAUAGCUCCAAGUCCUCAGUGGAUGAAGAUGACCAGUACGAAGAGCCAUUUGUAGGGCCCUCUCUCCGGUGGCCCUCCCAGCCCAGGAGCUAUCGUGGGGCCAAACAGAGGCGGGGGCGUCAUAAGGAAGAAUGUCAGAAAGAUAAUCCCAGGAGUGGACACGGAUGGGGAAACAAGUGGCAUGGGCUCCUCAGUUGACGAGCCUAUUGAGUCAUCAACUGAGUCUGCCUCAGAAGCUCCUGUUGUGACCCCAUCUUUCCUGCAGCCCCGACCUUCCUCUUCUUCCUCCAGGGGACCGUCAACCUCACCAGUAGCCGUGAAGAAAAGGAGAGGAGGAUGGCCCAAGGGUCGCAAGCGGAAACCAGAAAUUCCCGGCGUCAAGCCUCCCAAGGCACCUCUGACAGCGUAUGUCCUGUUCCUUAAUGAGCGUCGUAAAUAUUACAAGGAGACACGACCAGAGCUUAGCUUUGGGGCUGUCACAAAGCUUCUAGGAGCCGAGUGGUCAUCUCUCACCCCUGAACAGAAGGCUGCCUUCGUGACUCGUUCUGAGCAGGACAAGCGACGCUACCGCAACGAGCUGCAGGCCUAUCGGCAAUCUCAUGAUUACCAGUUGCUUCUGCGGAAAAAGAGGAUAAAGAAUGUUAUCAAGCGAGGAGGGACAACAACAGAGGAAUCAUCCGACUUUACAGAUGAAAUUGAUGACGACGAUAGUGAAGAGCUUUAUUGUAGAAUCUGUGACCAGCUGUUCACAUCUCUACAUAACAAGCGAGAACAUCUCUAUGGGAAGCAACACCUGCAGGCCAUUACAGGUGAAUACCAACGUGAAAGGCUUGCUGAAGAGGAACGUCAGAUGGCAGCAACUGGAGUGUCGCAGGGAAGGACGGGAGACUGCCUCAACUGUGGCUCACUCAUUACAACUCAUGGGGCAAGUUCUCGAGCAGGCCUGAGACAACUUCCGCCAGGCGUGUGUCCCACCUGCAGUUUCUCCGGCCCAACAACAAAUCUCACUGGCACCAAGACCUCUCCUAGCCCCACAUGGAGGAGGAGGAGCAUGACGGAGAUGAAGAGGAUGAGGAAGAGGAGGAAGAAGAGGAAGAGGAGGAGGAAGAGGCCGAUGCAGAUGAAGAAGGAGAGGUACAGAGGAAGAAGGGAAUGCCAGCAGGAUGUGCAGCAUGGCAGACGCCCUGGAGGGUGUGAUGGCCAAGAUGCUGGAACGAGAGCAAGAGAUCAAGGCGCUAAGCAGAGCAGUGAAGAUGCCCGUGCGCAGAAUCUUCAGUUGGCCACAGCACUCCUACAGUUGCGUGAACAGGAGCAGCAGCUGGACCAGGACCAGGAGGGUCUGCAGGAGGAGAAUAACAAGCUGAAGGCUGAAGCUGAUGCACUCUGGAUGCUGCCAGCACUGUUUGGGGUGACGCCGCUUGACAUGGUGAACAUAACACUGCGUCAAGACCAAGAAGAGGAGGAAGAGGAGGGCGGCCUGCACCUGCUGGACAAUACCUAGACCAGAGUUCAAUGUUUAGAUCGUAUAUUUA